AUGGCUCGUAUAUUCAAACUGGCGAUUCUUUUGUUAAUAGCAGACGGCACUAUGGUCAAUUUUAGGGUGUUUGCGAGAGCCAUGUCCACGGUUGCUAAGAACUUUGAGGCCAACGGCGUGGUGCCUGACGUCAUCCCGAAGGCGCCAAAUGCUUUGGUUACUGUUAAGUAUCCGAGUGGUGUGGAGGUGAAAGAAGGCAACGAGCUGACGCCAAGACAGGUGAAGGAUGUGCCCAGUGUCAGCUAUGAUGCCAGCCCUGAUAGCUUCUACACCUUGGCUAUAACCGACCCAGACGCACCUUCCCGCAAAGAGCCAAAAUUCCGUGAAUGGCACCACUGGUUGGUUGGAAACAUUCCCGGGCAAAACGUCGCCUCGGGUGAGACAUUGUCCGCCUACGUCGGGUCUGGGCCUCCAGAGGGCACUGGUCUCCACAGAUACGUGUUUUUGGUGUACAAGCAACCAUCUAAGUUGACAUUUGAUGAGCCAAGACUAACUAACACAUCCAGUGACAAACGAGGAAUGUUCUCCAUCGCCAAGUUUGCGGAGAAGUACAAAUUGGGUGACCCCAUUGCGGGUAACUUCUACGAAGCCCAAUACGACGAUUACGUUCCUGAGCUAUACAAGCAGCUCGGUGCCUAA